AUGGAUGUGUUCCUUAGCAAUGAGGAAGAGAGUGAGAUGAACAGAAGAAUAUUCCUCAUAUCCCUUGUUUGCUUAUGCGUGGCAUUGGUUAUCGUCUUCACAUUUAGCAUCUACAUCUUGUUUUGUGUCCUAGCACGCCAAUCUCGCUCUAGAGGUUUCAUUAACCUACUCAGCCUCACCAUGGCUCAUAAUGUUGAUCAUCAUCAUCAUCACGCGGAACCAACCAACACAGGUCUUGACCCUGCCCUCAUCAUGGCACUGCCCACGUUCAUAGUCUUGAAGAAUAUGGAAGCUUAUGGUGGCUCUAUGAUGGAGUGUGCUGUGUGCCUGAGUGCUCUGGAACAUGAUGAAAUAGCCAAGUUGAUUCCCAGCUGCAAUCACAUUUUCCAUGUGGGUUGCAUUGAUUCUUGGUUGGCUUUAAGCUCUACGUGCCCCUUAUGUCGAGUCAGGGUCCAACCCUGGCUCAAACCGCAGCUCCAUGAGGGUCCUAUUGCCCUGGCUCUUGAUGGUGCAUCCUUGGUUAUGCCAGUGUUGGAACCUACAGAAGGGACAUCAGAUGGUGUUGGUGGCGAGUCACCCAAAAUUAGUGGUUUGAAUUCUCCAUUGAGCUCGUUCCGAAGGAUUCUUGGUAGGGAAAGAUCGCCAAGAAUCCAAGCAUAUAGCCCUGCUGAUGUUGAUCAAGAUUUGGAGAGACAGUGA